AUGAGCAUGCUCUUCUGCGCUUAUUCACCUUCGUGGUCACCUUCGUGGUGCGCGGUUAACGGCGGCGGCUCCACGACCGGCAAGGACACGUGCAACCCCGACAUCUCGGCGUGGAACAUGUCGGCGGUGACCGACAUGAGAUACAUGUUCCGCGGCGCCUCCUCCUUCGACCAGGACAUCGGGUCGUGGGACGUGUCGGCGGCCACCGACAUGAGCUACAUGUUCGACGGCGCCUCCUCCUUCGACCAGGACAUCGGCUCGUGGGACGUGUCGGCGGCCACCGACAUGAGAUACAUGUUCUACGGCGCCUCCUCCUUCAACCAGGACAUCGGGGCGUGGGACGUGUCGGCGACCACCGACAUGAGCUUCAUGUUCUUCGGCGCCUCCUCCUUCGACCAGGACAUCGGGUCGUGGAACGUGUCGGCGACCACCGACAUGAGAUACAUGUUCUACGGCGCCUCCUCCUUCGACCAGGACAUCGGGUCGUGGGACGUGUCGGCGGCCACCACCAUGAGCUACAUGUUCUACGGCGCCUCCUCCUUCAACCAGGACAUCGGGGCGUGGGACGUGUCGGCGACCACCGACAUGAGGUUCAUGUUCUCCGGCGCCUCCUCCUUCGACCAGGACAUUGGGUCGUGGGACGUGUCGGCGGCCACCACCAUGAGCUACAUGUUCUACGGCGCCUCCUCCUUCGACCAGGACAUCGGGGCGUGGGACGUGUCGGCGGCCACCGACAUGAGCUGGAUGUUCGUCUUCGCCUCCUCCUUCGACCAGGACAUCGGGGCGUGGAACGUGUCGGCGGCCACCGACAUGAGCGGCAUGUUCUACGGCGCCUCCUCCUUCGACCAGGACAUCGGGUCGUGGGACGUGUCGGCGGCCACCACCAUGCGCUCCAUGUUCUACGGCGCCUCCUCCUUCGACCAGGACAUCGGGUCGUGGGACGUGUCGGCGGCCACCACCAUGAGAUACAUGUUCCGCGGCGCCUCCUCCUUCGACCAGGACAUCGGGUCGUGGGACGUGUCGGCGGCCACCGACAUGAGAUACAUGUUCUACGGCGCCUCCUCCUUCGACCAGGACAUCGGGUCGUGGGACGUGUCGGCCGCCACCGACAUGAGCUACAUGUUCUACGGCGCCUCCUCCUUCGACCAGAACAUCGGGUCGUGGGACGUGUCGGCCGCCACCGACAUGAGCUACAUGUUCUACGGCACCUCCUCCUUCGACCAGAACAUCGGGUCGUGGGACGUGUCGGCCGUCACCGACAUGACCUGGAUGUUUGAGAGCGCCUCCCUCAGCGACUGCAACAAGGCGCUCAUCCACGCCGGCUUCGACGCUCAGACGAGCGCGUGGCCCUACUCGUGGGGCUCACUAGA